AUGAACGCAAUGAGUGCAAUGGCAGCGGCUGAGGCACCCAGGCGGGCUCAUCUUUACGUUGGCAAUCUCAGCCCAAGGGUUACUGAGUACAUGCUCACCGAGAUUUUCGCCGUGGCCGGGCCCGUGCAACACGUCAAGAUUAUUCCUGAUCGUAACUACCAACAUGGUGGUCUCAACUACGGCUUCGUUGAAUACAUGGACAUGCGCGCCGCGGAGACAGCGCUCCAGACGCUGAACGGACGAAAGAUCUUUGAUACCGAGAUUCGCGUCAAUUGGGCGUACCAGGGUCAGCAAAAUAAGGAGGACACGAGCAACCACUACCACGUCUUCGUCGGUGACCUCAGCCCCGAAGUCAACGACGAGGUCCUUGGGAAAGCUUUCAGUGCCUUCGGCACCCUAUCAGAUGCUCGAGUGAUGUGGGAUAUGAACUCGGGCAAAUCUCGCGGCUACGGCUUCCUCGCGUUCCGUGACAAGACGGAUGCCGAGCAAGCCAUUGCUACCAUGAACGGCGAAUGGCUUGGUUCGCGGGCCAUUCGUGUGAACUGGGCAAACCAAAAGACUCAAGGUGGCCCGUCCCCUACCAUGCCAGGGCGCCCCUCUGGAAUGGGAGGUGCGCCCGCACCCAUCAACUUCCAGGGAGGCCCGCUCUCCUACGAAUCCGUCGUGCAGCAGACACCAGCGUACAAUACGACCGUUUACGUCGGCAACCUCGUUCCUUACUGUACUCAAGCAGACCUCAUCCCGCUAUUUCAGUCCAUCGGUUAUCUGUCCGAGAUCCGCAUGCAGGCCGACCGCGGGUUUGCGUUUGUUAAGUUGGAUACGCACGAGCAUGCUGCCAUGGCAAUUGUGCAGCUCCAGGGUCAGAUGGUGCAUGGACGACCUAUCAAGUGCAGCUGGGGCAAAGACCGCGCCGAUGGAACAGCACCACUUUCUACGGGUUCGAUGAGCCCGACACCUGCAGCAGCGCCUUAUGGGCAGCUGCCUAUGUAUGGCAUGCCACAGCCCAAUACGUACGGACAGUAUGGGUUUGGAGGGUACAAUGCAUUCCCCAAUCAGGCCGGCGCAGCUGGCACACCGGGAGCUGCUGCUCCCGGUAUGGGCAGCCCUGUUGCAGGAGCCGCAGGGAUGGGUAUGGGUGCGGGUGCCGCUGCGGGCCCUCCGGACCUUACUGCGGGUCAAGCAGGGCAGGGGCAGUGGGCUGGUGGCGACCCGAGUUCUUAUUACCAGAAUUACUGGGGAGGUUACUAUGGGCAGCAGCCCGCAGGUCAAGGUGCCGCAGAUCAGCACCAAGGCACUGCUUAA